CCUGGUUCCCACUUCCCCAGGUGAAAUUAUUUAUGUGGAGCUAUUAUAAUAAUAAUUCAUAACGGAAAAAAAGGGGAAAAAAAAAAGCCAUUUCUCUGUUUGUUCUUGCAUCCAUGAAUAACCUCUUAGCUCUCAAUCCUAUCACUUCUUUUGUCUUCUUUCUCGUGCUACAUCACCUUGCAAUUGCCAUUUCUAAGCCUGCUUACAACCCAACUGACAGCAUACUUACCAAUUGCGGUUCUUCGGGUGACACACCUGCACCUGAUGGGCGCAUAUGGACCGGUGACCAAAAAUCCAAAUUUGGUCCUAUAGAGCAAUCUAGUAGCAAAUCCCAUUCUGCUAGCGCCCUUAGCCAAGGCGGCUCCGUCCAGUAUGUCCCUUACAUGACAGCCCGCAUCUCUCAAUCCCAGUUCACGUACACCUUCCCUGUCACUGCAGGUCAAAAAUUUAUCCGUCUCCACUUCUACUCUGUUUCAUCAGGUGGAUUUAACAGGUUUAAGGACUUCUUCGAUGUCAAAGCGGGGCCUUUCACUUUACUAAGCAACUUCAGUGCUUCCUUCUACGCUGAAGCGAGGGAUACUUAUUCUUUCAUUAAAGAAUUCUGCUUUAACGUCGCAGAGAACCAGCAAUUGAAUCUGACAUUUUCUCCUUUGAGUAAGUAUGCUUUCAUCAAUGGCAUAGAGAUUAUAUCUAUGCCAUCCAACCUUUAUUAUACUCCACCAGAGGAGGGUUCAGGCCUCAUUUCUAUUGGCAAAAAGGAAAAGUUUUUUAUCCAAAAUGACACCGCGCUGGAGAAUAUGUGUAGAUUUAACGUUGCGGGUGGCACCAUCUCGCCAGUACUUGACACUGGCAUGUAUAGGUUAUGGAGGGAUGACGUUCUCAACCUUGGUCUUGUUAACAACGAGCCAAAUCUCUCUCUCAAUUAUUCUAAAAUACCAAACUACACAGCGCCAGAUGAAGUCUAUCUGUCAGCUCGGCAACUGGGACUUAAUGACACCAAUUUGACGUGGAGGGUGCCAGUAGAUCAAGGAUUCAGGUAUCUGGUGAGGCUCCACUUCUGUGAGUUUGUUCCAGAUAUUACCAAGGUCAAUGAAAGACGAUUCGAUAUCUUUAUUGACAAUCAGACAGCUACAUUGGGUUUCGAUGUUAUUGAAUCAAGCGGUGGUCACGGGACUCCCACAUAUAAUGACUACAUAGUAACUGCUGGGAAGAAGGUUGGGAAAGCUGAUGACGAUUAUAGGCUUUUCAUAACUCUGCGUCCUAAUCCUUCAAGUAUUUACCCUGAUGCUUUCCUGAACGGGUUAGAGAUUUUCAAGUUGAACGACUCUGAUGGCAAUCUUGCCGGACCCAAUUCUCUAGUGUCUGUCCCUUCUCCACCAGCAACAACAGCACAACCAUCGGCACCAACAGCCAAGAAGUCCAGCACGAAGAAAAUAUUGCUUCUUGCCAUUGGUGGGAGUGUGAUGGGUUUGUUGAUCAUACUUUCUUUGUUGGGUUUCUUGGUUAUUUGGCGAAUAAGGAAGAAGCAGGACGGUCAUUAUGGGUCUCAUUACAAAUCACUAAGCUGCUGCUGGCGGUUGAAUUCAGCAGCUUAUAUUGGGAAGUCAUCGAGGACUAUGGCUUCUUCACUGCCGCAAGAACUAUGCCGCCAAUUUUCACUAGAUGAGAUUAAAGCUGCUACGAAUGACUUCCAUGAGAGUUUGAUAAUUGGCUCAGGUGGUUUCGGCAAUGUUUACAGAGGUGAUAUUGAUAAUGGAGCCAUGACUGUUGCAAUUAAGCGAUUGAAUCGAGAGUCGAGUCAGGGUGUCCGUGAAUUCAGGACAGAGAUUGAGACGUUGUCCCAGCUCCGCCAUGUCAAUCUCGUCUCUCUGAUCGGAUAUUGUCUUCAUGAAGGAGAAAUGGUCCUUGUUUAUGACUAUAUGGUCAACGGGACUCUUCGAGACCAUCUCUACGACAAAUUCAAGAAUCCACUUCCAUGGAAGCAAAGGCUUGAGAUAUGCACUGGAGCAGCUCGUGGACUGCACUAUCUUCAUGCUGGUGCGUCGAAUACUAUAAUCCAUCGAGACAUAAAGACGACCAAUAUUUUGUUAGACGAAAAUUGGGUCGCCAAAGUCUCCGAUUUUGGAUUGUCAAAAAUAGGUGUAAAUGACAGUGCAGUUAGCACCAUUGUAAAGGGUACAUGGGGAUAUCUGGAUCCAGAAUAUGCAAGACGCCAUCAGUUGACAGAAAAAUCUGAUGUGUACUCAUUUGGUGUGGUGUUAUUGGAAGUAUUGUGCGCUCGAAAACCUCUUAACCAAAAAUUGGAGGAGGAACAAUGGAAUUUAGUCAGUUGGGCACGAAAAUGCAUCCAAAAUGAGAAUAUUCAUCUAAUAAUUGAUCCCCAUCUAAUAGGAAAAAUAGCUCCAGUGUGUUUUCAGAAAUUUGUGGAGAUUGCAGAGAGCUGCGUCCGUGAGCAGGGGAUUGAACGGCCCUCAAUGCAUGAUGUGAUGGAAAAGCUUGAGUUCGUUGAGUUGCAACAGACAGCAGAUGCUGAGAAGGAAAAAAUGAAUCCGGGUGAAGACUAUGUGUAUCCUCAAGUAUCAUUCCAUGCUUCUCGAUAUACCAAUAUAGUUGGUGGAUUCCAGUUGGAUUCAAGUAAUAUUUCAAUAGAUUUGGAUACGGAUACUACUGGACAGACUUUUCCUAGUGUUGUAUCCAGUAGCAUAACGUCUAGUCAUGGCUUCUCCGGCACCAUCAACUCUUCCAGGAAAUAGCUUGGAAAAGGUGACAAGAGAAAAUAAAAAUGGUUUUGCGUUUUGACUGUAAAAGUGUGCUGCUUGUUAAUUUUGUCAAUUUUAUUGAUUAUGGAGUCCUUGUUUGUGCCCAAAGUCCUGUGGAAAAUUGUGUCAAGUGUCGUUUCUAAUCAUUACCUUACACCAUCAACGGGGAAGCCUAAUGGUUGUAUUUUAGUUUC